AUGAACACCAAAACGAUGCGUCUUCCACCACGUCGCGUUCUAACGCCGGACAAGCGCAAAGAAAGAGACGGCGUCAUCUCCUCCGUCGCCGAAAAACCGCCGAAAAUCGCCGUGACCAAGUUUCCGCCACCGCCGAGUCUUAAUCCUCCGCCGGUUAAUUCCAUUUCCAGGAAUUCUUCAAUCCCAGCCGAGUCGGUCGGCUCGAACCAGCUAAUUUUAGCCGGUUACUUGAGUCACGAGUUUCUUAGCAACGGCACACUCUUCGGGGAGCAAUGGAAUCCGGCUCGAGCCGAAGCCGGUUCGAUCGAGCCCAAGCAGUUAAAGCUGAGCCAUGAUGUCGAGCCGACUGAGGAAAAUGAGCCGAAACGGAAGAGGUUUGUGGAGGUUGCUAAUCUUCUCCGGGCAGAUGGGGCCCACUUGCCCGGCAUCGUCAAUCCUGCCCAGCUUGCCCGAUUUCUCAAACUUUGA